AUGUUUUGUCACAGUUGCGGUGGUUGGAGAAGAGCACAUGACAAGUUUUGCCCAAAGUGUGGUACAAGUUUAUCUUCGUCUUCAGCUAGUCAAGUGUCCUCUUUCAAGAAAUUCGUAUCCCAAAAGUCGAAAGAGAGGCAAACCACUUUCAAGAAGUCUAAGAAAGCAAAGAUGGACGAAAAUGGGAGUUUUCUCCCGGUGGAUGUAACUCAAAGUCUUGGAUCAGUUACCGGAGCAGAUGAUAUCCCAGGUUUUACAUCAAAUGCCAACCAAACUGCUCCUCAAUGUGAUGCUGGCCAAGCUGCCCUAUCAGAUAACAAUGAUGGUUUGAUCUCUGGUGAUGUCAGUGAACAUGCCUUAAUUAGUGGAUGCCCUGUAUCUGGUGGUGAAAGUCAGCUGAGUGAUGUAAAUGUACUUGGUGAUUUUGACAAUGGUACUGCACCUUUAUUAGUGAAGGAUGUGCUUGUACACAGAUCCCAAGUUCUCAAAGACUUGAUAGAAGAAUUCAAAGCCCUGGACAUCCCUACUCACAUGUACCACCUAAAUCUAGUUAUAAUUAAUGAGCGUGGGGAGAUCGAGGAAGGGAGAGGUCCUGGUGUAGUGCGAGAAGUAAUCACAAUUCUUUACCAAUUCUUUAGCACCAAUUCUUUAUGUCCUUGUCAACCGAUGCAACAGAAAAAGUACCAUCAGUGA